AAUGUUAUCAGCUGAAUCAAGAAAAUAUUUUCGCAAUGCAAUUCUAAUGAGUGGUGUAAUCGACAAUUACUGGGCAAUGAGCCCAACUAAUGAUCAUUUGGAAUUUGCACACAAAUUUUCCAACGAUAUGGGUCAUGCAAAUUUAACCACUGAUGAGUUGGUGACAUUUUUGAAGACAGUUUCAGCCGACAAGCUUAGUGAGUAUAGUUUAAUACUUUCUUCGAAUGUGUUCUUCGAAAUUCCAUUUGGACCGGUCAUUGAAAGAAAGGAUGCAAAACAACCUUUCAUUGUUCAAUCACCAAAGGAGAUUUACGAGUCAUCACAAGUUAACGUAGAUGCAUUAUUUACAAUGACAUCAAUUGUUUGCUAAUAAAAAAAAAAUUAUGUACAAGUUUUAAAUUGGCUUUUUUUAACUUCAGGAACUAGUUGGAUAUUCUUCAUUGUUUCCUUCUUAAAAAGAUGCAUAUUCCAGCUCAAAUUUACUAUUGCCGAUUCGAGGAUUGCAAGUAGACACUGAGCAAAAAACUAAUCUAAAAAAUGAAAUUCGAACAUUUUACUUUGGUGAUAAUGUAGAAAGCAAUCAGGCAAUGAAACAUUAUGUCGAACUUCUAUUGGACAUGAAUUUUGGAUAUGGAACGGAUAAGGCUGUGAGAACUCAUGCAUCCAAAUCAAGUGGAAAGACAUUUUAUCUCUGGUUUUCGGUAGUUUCAAGUCUAAUCACAUUCUUCCCUCGAAGUCCAGACGUCGCUAAUAUAUAUGGUGCAUCGCAUGGCGAUGAUAUAUAUUAUUUGUUCCGAUCUGAUGUUAUUCAAGCGCUUUACGAGGAAGUUCUUAAAAACAAUCAUACCAAAGAAUCGAAAGUCUCACUCCAAGCCAUUGAUAAUAUUAGCACAAUUUAUACAAACCUUGCUAAAUACGGAACGCCAACUUAUCAAAAUGAACCAAUCGAGGGAUUUCAAUCAGUUCAACAAGACAAAGUCUUCUUUCUGGAUAUCAACAAUUUGGGGCUAACGAUUGGCCGGCGUCCAAAUCAAAUUGCUUUCGAUUUUUGGGAAAGCAUUGAAAAGCGAGCCAUAGAACUUUCCAAGGAUUUGAAAAAACCAAAACAAAAGGCGGAACGAAAUGAAUUAUAAACCGAACUUAAUUUUGAUUUAUGAUUCUAUUUUUUGAAAAUUUAAUUAAAAAAACCAAAAUUGCUAUACCACGGCAAUUGAAUUUAAAAUCUAAAGCACCGAAA